GAUCCUGGAUGACAUAGAGGUCUAUGAAGAGCAGAUUUCAUUCAAACUGGAGGAGCUCGUUACCAUCUCCUCCUUCCUGAACUCCUUCGUGUUUAAGAUGAUCUGGGAUGGAAUUGUAGAGAAUGCCAGAGGGGAGACCCUGGAGCUGUUCCACUCGGUGCACGGGUGGCUGAUGGUGCUGUACGAGCGGGACUGCCGCCGGCGCUUCGCUCCCGAGGACCACUGGCUGCGCAAGGACCUCAAACCCAGUGUGCUCUUCCAGGAGCUGGACAAGGACAAGAAGCGAGCCCAGCUGCUCCUGCAGUACAUCCCACACGUCAUUCCCCACAAGAACAGGGUGCUGCUUUUCCGGAACAUGGUGACAAAGGAGAAGGAGAAGCUUGGGCUGGUGGAAACCAGCUCUGCAUCCCCUCACGUCACACACAUCACCAUCCGCCGCUCUCGCAUGCUGGAGGAUGGAUACGAACAGCUCCGGCAGCUUUCCCAGAAUGCCAUGAAGGGAGUGAUCAGAGUGAAGUUUGUGAAUGAUCUGGGAGUGGAUGAAGCUGGGAUUGAUCAGGAUGGAGUCUUCAAAGAGUUUCUGGAAGAGAUCAUUAAAAAGGUGUUUGACCCUGCACUCAACCUGUUCAAGACAACCAGUGGUGAUGAGAGGCUGUAUCCAUCCCCAACAUCCUACAUCCAUGAGAACUACCUGCAGCUCUUUGAGUUUGUGGGCAAGAUGCUUGGGAAGGCUGUGUAUGAGGGAAUAGUUGUGGAUGUGCCAUUUGCUUCCUUCUUUCUGAGCCAGCUCCUUGGGCACCACCACAGUGUCUUCUACAGCUCUGUGGAUGAACUUCCCUCCUUGGACUCUGAGUUCUACAAAAAUCUCACUUCAAUUAAGCGCUAUGAUGGUGAUAUCAGUGACCUGGGCCUAACACUGUCCUACGAUGAAGAUGUGAUGGGUCAGCUUGUGUGCCAUGAACUUGUUCCUGGAGGGAAGACCAUUCCCGUUACCAAUGAAAAUAAGAUCAGCUACAUCCACCUGAUGGCUCACUUCAGGAUGCACACCCAGAUCAAGAGCCAGACAGCAGCUCUCAUCAGUGGCUUCAGGUCCAUCAUCAAGCCCGAGUGGAUCCGGAUGUUCUCCGCGCCCGAGCUGCAGCGACUCAUCUCCGGGGACAACGCCGAGAUCGACCUCGAGGACCUCAAAAAACACACAGUGUACUAUGGAGGCUUCCACGGGAGUCACCGGGUCAUCAUCUGGCUGUGGGACAUCCUGGCCAAUGACUUCAGCCCUGAGGAGAGAGCCAUGUUCCUCAAGUUUGUUACCAGCUGCUCCAGGCCUCCACUUCUGGGCUUUGCCUACCUCAAGCCUCCGUUUUCCAUCCGCUGUGUGGAAGUCUCUGAUGACCAGGACACAGGGGACACACUGGGCAGUGUCCUCAGAGGCUUCUUCUUCACCAGCCGCAAGAAGGAGCCUGGCGGGCGACUCCCAACCUCCUCCACCUGCUUCAACCUCCUCAAGCUUCCCAACUACAGCAAGAAGAGCAUCCUGAGGGAGAAGCUGCGUUAUGCCAUCAGCAUGAACACUGGUUUUGAGCUGUCCUAG